CCGGGCCGGGCCGCGGCUCAGUCUCUCGUCGUCCGGGCCGACCCUCGGGUCCCACCGGCAGGUCCUGUCCCCCGUCGUCCCGCGGGCCGAGUCCACCCACGACACGGCCGCACCUGCGCCGCGCACCUGUGCCGCACCUGCGCCCCGCUGGCGAUGUGAGCCGUGCACCUCUGCCUCUGCGCCGCUGAGCGCCGCUGUGCGCCGCCGGCCGGGGAGGCGCGCUGCGUUGCGCGGGUCAAGCCCGUGGAGGCGGAGUCAGUCCGCCCCCCCGCGGGGCCAGCUCCAGCGCUCCCGCCCGUGGGGGUGGAGGGGGUAGCGCGGCUCCGGCAGCUCCGGCGGCUCCGGGACCCCAGCCGCCCCUGCCCCUGCGCGGGGCUGCCCCGCCCGGCCCCGCCCGGCCCCGCCCCGGGCGCAGCCUGGCCCGUAGCCUGGCGCAGCCCCCUCGCUGCACGUGCAGGCACUCCGCGGCCCGCAGGAGAGCAUCGCGGACGCCACGCCACUGCGCGUCCAGGAUCACGUUCGGGAGCUGGACCGGCGCGUCCCGCGCCCAGCGCCUCUCGCCCAGCAGCGUCUGCAGCGACACCUCAGGUCCCAGGAUCGCCGCGCGCGCCCCGGCCGCCGGGAUCAGCGACGCCUAGCCGACGCCGCCCGGUGCAGCCAUGCUGGCCGCCAUCAUGGUCAUCGCCGCCGCCGCGCUGCUCGGUGCAUUCGCGCCCGUGCGAGGAGGCAACUGCUGGUCGGGGAUGUCGCGCAACGGCCGGUGCAUGGACCUCAUCCAGGAGAAGGUGACCCGGGAGCAGUGCUGCGCGCUAACGGCGGCGGGCGGCAGCCACGGCGCGAGCACCGCGUGGAGCGAGAAGGACAUGGACGCGGGCAUGCUCUUCUUCUGGAGGGUCCUCGGCGACGGCGUGCCCUGCCAGGCGUGUCGAGACUCGUGCGCGGGGGUGACCUGCGGCGCGGGGCGGCGCUGCGCCGUGCGCUGGGGCCGGCCGCAGUGCGUGUGCGCGCCCGAUUGCUCCCGCAAGCGCCUGGCCUCGCUCUACAACCCCGGGGCCGCGGGGGUGGCCUCGGGGACCUCCGGGACCGCGUCGGCGACCACCUACGCGGGGCCCACGGCCGGCCCCGUGUGCGGCUCGGACGGCCGCUCCUAUCGCUCCGCCUGCCGCCUGCUGAAGCGCGCAUGCCGCCGCCAGGACUCCAACCUCGCCGUCGCCUACGCUGGCACCUGCCAAAGCUCGUGCGAGCGCGUGCAGUGCGGGCCGGGCCGCUCUUGCGUGCAGGACCAGAACCUGUCGCCGCACUGCGUGCGCUGCGAGCGCCGCUGCCCGUCGGCCGGCCGGUCGCGCGCCGUGUGCGGGGCGGACGGCACCAACUACCCGUCGCCGUGCCACCUGAGGGAGGGGGCGUGUCGCGCCGGCAAGGCCAUCCCCGUCGCCUACCGCGGCCGCUGCCAGAGAGUGGCGACCUGCGGCGCGGUGCACUGCCGCCGGCACCAGUCCUGCCUGACGGACAUGGCGACGGGCGCGCCCCGCUGCGUCACCUGCUCGCUGCGCUGCCCCCGGGCCGGCGCGGGGAAGUCCACGGCGGUGGCGGCGGCGGGGUCGGCGGCACGGCGGCACGGCGGCAGCCGCGUAGCGCACGGCAGGCGCAGCAGCGGCGGCGGCGGCGGCGCGAGGAUCCGGGAGCUGGUCAGCCUGGACGCCGCCACCGAGCUGGUCCAGGGCGGUCCCCUCUGCGGCUCCAACAACAGGACGUACCUGUCGUGGUGCCACAUGCGCAAGGACGCGUGCGCCACGGGGUACGUCAUCGACACCAAGCACUCGGGGGUCUGCUCCGCCGGUGGCCAGGACCAGGACGCCGUCGAUGAGAGCCGACCUGGUAAGGACCCGGCCCCGCACCUCAACGCCGUGCUCGAGGGAAACACUUUUGCCUGAGUGCUUCGGCCUCACCCCGUUUUUAUACCGCGUGGGUCAUGGAAAGCGCGCGGCCAGGCUGAAAAGACACACAUAUGGGUCCUGGGUAGUCCUCUUUCCUCAGUAGCCGUAUUAUUCGUCCUUAAAAUUCGUGGUGCUAUAGAACUUGAUGAGAAGUUAGAAGACCAAAGCUUAAUCAGUUUAAGUUCAAAUUUUGUGAUGGUUUAGAAGGCGUUCGGAAGCAACGCUGCUAGAUUUUUCCUAAGCUAAACUUAAUUUUUUGUUGUUGUAAAUAUAGAGAUCGGAUUUUAACUUAUGUGAAAAGGAGAAUUCGAGGUAACUAAGACAAUUGUUUUUGUAAUACCGCUAAUAGUUUAUACUGGAAACGCCUAUUUAUUAUUUAUGUUAUUUUUAAGGGUUUUCCUUACACAAGAUCAUACAUAUCCAUGAUGGUCUUCUUAUUGUCCAUUUUGACUGAUUACGUUUUAUGUUAGUUUAUCUUACUGUACAUACGGUAGUCGCUGUAUUUCCGGUGCCAAAUGCAUGGCCUGGUGGCCAUUCUAAGCAAUAAGUCUUAUGUCCCAACUGAUCGGUUUUUGAGGAGAGGCCUCUUAUUUGACGCGUUGAUUAGCCCACUUUUACAUUGAUCUUGUGAGGAGGUAAAAGUUAGUUCUGUUUUCAAAUAAAUAAUUUAGAGAUCGCGUGUAUCCUUAGUAUGUAGCAGACAGUCGUAAGUUUCCUUUUGUUCGUCAGUAUUAAACUGUAGUAAUCAAAAGUACUGUCAAUAUUUUGAAAUCUGCAGGGAAUUAGUAGUGAUUUUGCAUGUGACGUCGGUAAAAACAAAGAAGAGUAAUAUGAUGAAGACUGCGCCUUAAUAACAUGUAUAUGUGAAAGUGCAAGGUAUUGAACAUUAAAUCCUUGAUUGACUUCCAA